UGUCGUUUAGAAAAUUUGUAAUUGCAAAAUUUCUGUUCCUUCAUUGCUGAGUUUGGAAUACAUCGCUGUUAUAUUUACGAUUUUUCCAAAAGGCAUUCGAAAAUUCUAAAGAAAGUGUGUUAAUUCAUCGCUAGCUAGUUAAAAAUGUCAUAUCUUGGAAAAGGAUCUAACGUUGUGCCUAAUUAACGGUUGUAUCUUUCCUGCUUCCAUUUUAGAGUAGCGACCUAAAUGAGCUAAUCGAGGACACGAGUUUAUUAAUAGCAUCCGUAUACACUAUGUUGGAUCGGACUCAACGCACGCCACAAGGAACGGCGUCAUCACUGGGGCGUAGGUCCCACAACAAUAGCGAUAGCAGUGGGCAACUUGAAAGGGCACGUUCUAAUUCCAGCUCACCGAAAUCGCCGAAAACACCACGUUUAAAUUUACCCGCUAGAGCAACAUUGUCCACACCAUCAAGUAGAGAAAUCGAACGAGAGGUCAAUCGAAAUCAAUUUUGUGAGAUGUUGGAGCGCAAUUUACGCACUGUGGCUUCGGAGCAAGAGCAGCUCAUUGGCAGACGUCUAGAAUCAACGUUACCAACUACUCCACGUAAUGCAAUGGGGAGAUCUCAACCGGUAAGAACAAAUAGAGUGCGCGCUCCAACACCCGAGGAAGUAAUCGAUUUAAGUGAUUCAAUGAAUAUGCCGGUACCAAUUCCGCGGCCCUAUCCAUUUAACGACGAUGUAAUAGUAGUGACACCAGAUGAUGCAGAAGUCGUUGAUCUUUGUACACCAAAUUUCCGUCGAAAUAAUGUACGCUCAAGAAACAGACGAACGACCAAUAACACGGAGGAUAAUCCCAGAAACGACAAUGCAACACGACAACGUUUGACCGCAUCACGUCGCUUGAGCUCUGCAAGCGGUCGUAGAGCCUCAUCACGUCGUUCACUAACUUCAAACGAAGGCAGUUCGUCGGUUAGCUCCACCUCCGCAACAACAUCAACAACAAACAUAGGAACAGCAAAUAAAGACAAAGUAAAUGACUGGUCACCUGGUGCACAAGCUGCAAAUUCCGAUGCUGGUGUGGUGAGCGAAAGUGGCCGUGUACCUUUUAUGUGUGCUGUUUGCAUGGAGAGUUGUGUUAAUAAUCAACCCACAUCAACCAAGUGUGGUCAUGUUUUCUGCGCCAACUGCAUACGUCAAGCCUUACGUUUGACACGCAAGUGUCCCAUGUGUAAUACCAAGCUCAGUCCCAGCAUGUUAUUCCGUAUAUAUAUUUAAGUCAUAAUCAAAGCCAAUUGUUUCGCACUUUAACCAGCGCUUAU